ACACACACUCACACUCUCCCGUACUCUGUCUCUCUUUCUGUCUCUCUCUCUCUCUGUGAAAUCACACUCGAUGCACUUAUUUGAGUGUGGAAACGGCUGGCUUUCUAAAACAUUUCUCCAUUAGCGUGAUUAUCUCGCUCAUACAAGCAAGACGCGUCUGUUUCUCCAUAAUUCUCCUAAUGCAAAUGUGCUGUCGAUCAAACCUGCAUUUGCUGUAUUUGCACACACACAUCGCUGUUGCAGUUUUGUCCUUAAAUACUAAAUUUUCUUUCUUCUUUUUUUUUCAAACCAACUCAAACCUUCUCCUUUUCAUAGCAAGCAGUGAACAUCAGUUGCUUUGUGAACACUCUUACGUUGAGUGUAAGAUCUUGGAUCUUAUUAAAGGGACAGUUCACCCAGAAAUGGAAAUCUCCUCUGCAUUUCCACACACUCGAGUGGUUUGAAAGUUUGUGCUGUUGCUUUUGUGUCAGUGUUUUAGUGCUGUGAUUCAGGAUCAGUAAACUGAGACUGUGGGAAAAACCGCAGACCAUCAUCAUCAUCAUCAUCACCACGAGUGACCCAGUGUCUGUCUGUCCUCCUGCGGGAAAUAAUGCUCCAUGAUGACCAGAUUCAACACCAUGUAGUGCUAAAAACAGAGGUAUUGCCUAGCUAAAGACAAGAAAAGAAGACAGAGCUGUACAAGGCCUGGGUCAUCAUCAUCAACAAGCAGAACAACUGCAUUCUGACAGUGAACUGCAGCUGUACGGCACGAGUGUGUGGGACAGUCUGCCGGACGGGACGAGACGGGAGGAUCAGCAUGUCUGUCGUCUGGAUUGUGUGUGUGUGUUGGCUCGUGUGUCAGAUGUCCAUCACUGCAUCUCUGCGCUGGAGAAGAGCUCUUUACCCAUCAGCCUUUAGAGUGAAGCGAGGGACACCUGCGUUCAUCAACCCGUCCUUUCAGAAAACUGUGGAAGAAGCCGGCCUUCUCUAUGAGGUGUUGUUGUCUGGCGGCUUCAUGGACGCGAUGCAUGGGACGCUGCAUGUGCCGGAUGCAGAGCUGUCUUCCCUGCGGCGGCUGCAGGUUCUGGAGGUCCUGUGUGAGGAUGUUCUUCCCAGAAGCCUCUCUGAGAUCUUGCGGGUCAGUGCGGGUCUGGAGCAGCAGCGCGGGACUCUGCGUCUGGAGGACUUCGAGCGAACUGUCCUGACACUGGUGUUCACUGCGCAGCAGAUCCAGCAGAAGCAAAGUACAGCACAGAGAGAGAUCUGGAGGAACACACUCAUCAGACUUUAUCAGGCCAUUAAAGCAGACCUGCAGCACACACACAGAUAAAUACACACACAGACAGAGAGACAGAUAAAUACACUCACAAAAAUGAAUGGACACACAGAUAUCGUAAAUACACACACACAAACAUACUUUUUUAUUGAUUUAUUAAAAAAAAAACACUCCAGAGUAACUUUUAUGUUUAUUUUGUGCCAAGUGUAAUCUAUAGUAAUCAUCAUUAGAGAUAAAACAAGUUCUUGGAGCAGUGCUGCUCGGGGCUCAUGCAGAUUUGUCGUAGGGUUCACCUUCACUAUGGCAGGUGCUGUUGUUUGCAUUAGUGUGUUAAGAGCUGUCUCAAAGAUAAUGCAGAUCUUCAUAUGCUCAUCAUCAUUAUCACGUCCUUGACCAGAAAUAUUCCCACAGCACAUCAAACCUGCUCCUCCAGACUCCCUCAGUAUGAGAAAAUAACAUGAUAUGACUGAAAGUAAAAUGAUCAGCCUCUGUCAGCAUCUAUAGCGGAAACACUACAAUCGUUUAUAGUCAAUACUGGGGUGUUUGUGAAUGGCAAAGUCUAGAUGGGAUACAGCUGUGGAUACAUUCAAUUCAAGUUCAUUUGUGUAGCGCUUUUUACAAUAAUUAUUGUUUCAAAGCAGCUUUACGAGAGGUGCACAUUACUGCAAUACAAUCAAGUGUAAAUUAUUAUAGACAGACAUGGUUAACCUGCAAUAUUUAGCACAUAGGGGAUGUUUAUGUGUACAUGUUUAAUGAAAACAUUAAUAUAGGAUACUUUUUGUGACACUGCACAACAAUAAAUAAUGUUUUUACAUUGCCAUAACGGUAGGGUUUGGGGUAGGUGUUAAUUAAAGGGUAAUUUAAUAACACCCGUUGUCUUCUAGCCACAGCCGUAUCCCUUCUAGCAACAACCUUUGUGUAUCAAACUAUAAAUAACUUGAAUUAA